AUGAUGAAUCACCGCCUCAGCUUCGGCAAGAUCUUGGACUUGAGGAUGUACAUGGAGGGCAUAGAGAUGCAAGUCGCUCCAGUGGAGAGGAUUGUGUUCGACGUGCUCUACCGCGAUGGAGUGAGACUCGACGAGCGCGUCAAUCGUGGUCGCUGGGACCAGCUGAUCCUCAAUCCUAAGCAAGUUCUGUUUGGUGUUAUGGACUCUCUCGUUUGCUUCCAGAUUGGAGAAGCUCUUCGUGUUCGGAAGAUCUCAAAAUCUGAUAUCAAGGUCAAAUCAGAUUUUGAGCUGAGGAUGGAGGCUGGAGUUCCGGAACUCGAGGACUUGUACGGCUACUAUGUCUAG